GCCACGAUGGCUUCACGUCCCACAGCGGCCUCCAAACGCUCUACUAUCCUGCCUUCAACAGAAACAACUGUGAAGCCCCCGUGCAAAAUACACCCCUCAGCCGUGAUCUCUGACAAGGUUCAAAUUACUGGAUCGCAUGCCGUGGAGGUGUGCGAAGAGAGUGUGUUACAUCCGCAUUGCAAGAUCAAGGCAGAGCAUGGCAUAGUGUACAUCGGCAAGAGCACAAUCAUAUGUGAGGCGACCGUCGUAGGUGCCACCGAAGAGGGCAAUGUGAUCGUUGGAGAUGGCGUUACAAUUGAAGCUGGGUCCGUCGUGGAAGCGAAGAGCAUAGGUGAUGGGACAGUGAUAGAAGCAAAGGUGAAAAUCGGGAAAGGCGCAGUGAUUGGCAAGCACUGCAAGAUUACGCCAAUGAUCGAGAUCGCUGCAAACGAACAGCUACCAGACUAUACUGUAGUCUACGGCGACAAUCAGCGACGCCACAACCAGACCAUGGCCGGUAAUCCUGAAGUCAGAGAGGCGAAGCGGAAGGGACAAGCAUUACACAUUGAAAUGCUUAAGAAACUGAUCCCCAACGCUUCACACAAGUGGACCUGAUCUAAUCUAUGCAAGCACGAGCUGCGCAACGACUCACAGGCUACCAAAUACAGAGUCUGGCAAAGUCCACCGGUGAUACUAUGAGGUAUACUAUCAUAUUACGUGCUGAGCUGAAAUCAAGCUUUGAAUUGUAGCUGAUAUCAAGAAUGCGGACUCAUUCUGGAGUCCUGGAGAACAUGGCGAGCGGCGCCAAGUAAUGCCUCCUAGAGACUCGCUGCUUCUCUUGGCUUCUAGCACCAAAGACCAAGUGGUGUCAUGACGGGCCAUGAAUGAAGAGAUCAUCAUUCCUCUAUUACGAGAUCUUUGCAUUCGAGCAUCAGGUUGCUCCAGGUAUUAUCAAUCUUGCAGUGGCACUGAGCUCUGGGACGCUUCUGAGACCAUGUCGCAAGCUCUGGUCGCAGUUCCAGAAAUUCACCAUCGUGCAGUCCAGAUCGAGUGCAAACACUGCUAAAAAUUUUGAGUCAUAACUCUUCCGGAUAGCCUAACAACCUUGCCUGCCGAACCAUUGUGAGUGCUGAAGUUAUGGCGGGGGCAGGGAUCGAGCAUCGGCUCGUGUACAUGGACAAACAUGACCCCGUGGCGAAAGACGAAAGAUGACUACGUGGAUGAUUGUGAUGUGGGGAAACCCCAGAUGUACAUGUGCAUGUGUACUACACAUGUAAUAAGAAAAUCGGAAUAUUUGACGCCACCUUGCGACACGACGGCCAUGCAGCGAAGGAAACCAGAGAGCGAAGACGUUGCUGCGGUGCUCCUGUGAUCCUUCUGCACAUGGAGCACACUUUUGUCGAUGCCGAUGAGAUUAUUAGCGGUGAUCCCUGGGGAACGGGGUGGCCAUCAAUUGCGUUAUGCUGUUGGCGGCUGAUCGGGCAAGCCUUGGCCACUCACUGCCAC